AUGCCGACAGAUAACCAGCCUGAAAAAAAUGGUAAAAACAGAUUGUCCCGAAAAAGAUGUUCCCUUGGAGGUUUUCCCAGUUCACUAUCCGAAAUCGGAGUUUUAUUUUUUCAGGUUUGGAUCUCGAAGUUAAAAGAGUUGCUUUGACUAAAAUGCAUUCUCUGCCUGAAGUAAGAGAGGUUUGUACUUUUUUUGAAUCAUAAUUUAUUUAUUUUUUUGGUUUUUUUAAAUUUCAACAAAUUUAUCACAGCGAAUCCAAACAUCAUAAUGUUUUGGUAAUUUUUUAUGAAUAAGAAUGUUUGAAAGGUUAUUUCUAAACUAAAUUCUCAAGGAAUAAAAUCUUUCAUUCUUCUAAAAUAUGUUUGGUAUCGCUUCGAAAAAUUGAUGUUUUUUCUUGAAAAAACUCGAAUCAUUCCUUUUUUUCCGGCUCUGAUUCCAUGAAAAGUCAUUAAUUUUCCACUUUCACGCUUUUUUGCAUUUUGAAAUUAAAAAAAAACGGCCGUCAUGGGAAUUGGCGUCGAUGGUGUAUGCACCAAAAACGUCAUAUCUGUCGAACUUUUCUGAGUACCUUUGGAUUUGCCGUGAGAUAGACGGUAAUUAAUACAUUUUAUAAACCUUAUUAGUUGAAAAAAAUCAAGAAAUCUUUGUUUUUCAGCGCUUUGAACACUAUGAAGAUCGAAUCCCACACGAACGUCCGCGUUUUUUUGUCCCACUCCUACGAGAUAUGAUGUCCCGGAUUAUGAUGUUUAUUUUUAUUUUUUUAUUUUUUUAAAAAGAACUUGAUCAGAAGAAGUUUUUGAGAAAAGGGGUUUUCUUGGAACUGCUUAUGAGACGGGUCGACCCGGGGCGGCCCGAAGUGUUCAACUGA